UCGAGGGAGGAGGGGAGAGAGAAAGGGGCAUAAAAUCCAAGUAUAUAUAACAUUCAAAUCUACUCGCAAUCUGCUCCAGCGAUGCAAUAAUUCCUGCGAAAAUUGCUUAAAAACAGCUUUGGAGAUCUCUGAUUCUCUGCCAUCUUCUUUCUCUGCACAAAGCUUUCUGCAACUCAAAGUUCCGGCGGGGAUUUUCAAAGCCCAGAAAUUCAAAGCUCUUCUAUAUAUAUCCGAUAUCCCUCUCACAGAUAGCCAAACCACACAUCAGUGCAGAAAAGAUGGGAAGCGGUUAUUUUGGAGAGCUAAACUUGGGAAGUACUGAAAGAAGCAGUGGAUCUUCUGCUUUGUCUUCUUCAUCGACGAGGAAAGGAAAGAAGAACAAUUCAGACAAGCCUAAGCAACCCCAGAGAGGUCUUGGGGUUGCUCAAUUGGAGAAGAUCAGAUUACAUGGCCAAAUAGACUGUGGAUAUCCUCCUCCUAAUCCUCCUCCCCCUCUUCUUCACGUUCCUUAUCCUUCUAAUUUCAACAGUCAGGAAGAUCCCAGAGCACAAUCCGCUUAUUCAUCAAUACCAUCAUCGUCCUUUUCUUAUUCAACCUCGUCCUCCUCGAACUCACCUUCAUACUGCUUCCACCCCAACAUUGUGCAGAUGGGCCUACCCGAAUACGAGAGAUCGAACAUCAGAUACGGAAGUUCUCAGCCAACUAACACAGCAAGAUGGGACUUGCAGAACCAAUCUUCUGCUCAACCCAAUGUUACAAGACCCUUUCUAAACCUAUACGAUCAUUCACACCACAUAGAUGGCCAAAACUACAGGAGCGGAUCUUUUGGGUCGAGCAGUCAGAAUUCUGAAUCAAGUGACCCUCAAGAACCAGACUUGGAACUCAGAUUGUCUCUUUAGUGCAUCAUCAUCAGCAACUGUCGAAAAUGUAAUGCUUUUAUGUGCAAUUUGAUCAUCAGUAAUUGCUAUCUUAAAGAAGCACGAAAAUGAGCGAGCAAAACCAAUGUGUUUGUUUAAAUUGAAGUGCCAUUUUUGGAGAUAGCCAUGUGUAAUGCAAGCUAGAUUGACCCAGUUUGGAAAGACAAAUCAACAUUUUGCAUAAAUUCUCAAAUAAAUGAGAGAAGAAAUUGUUUUCGGUAA